CCUUAGACGGCUUCAGCUCGUCACCGGGUUUCAGAUGAGUGACGUCAUCAGUCAUCAGCUCCCAGCAGACGCCACCAUGCCUGAGACCGCCGAGGCCCACUCCCGCCACUUCACCACCAACCGCAACUGCACCGUCGAGGUGACCAACGUCAGCUCCGUGUACUGCCUCUACAACCCCAAGGUGCACAUGGAGAGCGGUUUCCCCUUCAGCCCCCCCCAGCCGACCCUGCGCAGCAUGAACACCGAGGUGUUCUCCUUCGACAAGGACGACAACACGGCGUGCGGCGCCGUGGGCGUCGUGACCUACGAGCUCUUCAACAUGCACACCCGUACCUGCGACCAGAUGAUGGCGAUCAUGUUCUCCGUGCCGUACGACUACAACUUCUACAAGAACUGGCUCGGGGUGGGCAUCUUCCCGCACGGCACCGAGUGCAACGAUAAGCUGUUCGACACCAUGUACAACAAGAAGGACUUCACCAACUUCAUGCGCCACGAGGCCGACGGCUCGGGCGUGUCCUUCAGGGGGGCGUCGCUGGACGUGAGGGGCUGCAUGUCGGACGGCGGCACCGCCAUCAUCAAACUUGAGCUGUAUGACAAGAUGGGCUAAUUUUUUCUAAUUCAUCUGUUUGUAAUGAUGCAGAGAAUCCUGAAAACCUGUCAUUCGUGUCCUGUAUGGGUGCUUUCAAU